AUGGCCUUUUUAUCCGCCAAGUGGCUUCUCAUUGCCUCCAGCCAGCGCCUCCGCCGAUCAUCACACGCCGUAUCAGUCGUGGACCAGAAAACCUAUGUUUUUGGUGGCGAGUUGGUGCCCCGCGAGCCCAUCGAUAAUCAAAUAGACAUAAUCGAUGUCGAAAACGAAAAUGGUAGGAAGAGGUCCAUGCAACGUCCUGCCUUUGCUAAGCGAUCAGUCAACCCGACCGUGAAGACAAUUCCCGCACCGGCAGAGGCUCCUAUCCCACGCGUCGGCAGCCCCAGCGCCACAAUCAAUGGCAGUAUCUGGAUAUUCUCUGGCCGCGGAGGGAUUGAAAUGAAACCCGUCGAAGAACAGGGUGCGCUGUGGCGUUACGAAGCAGGCGCUGCCAACUGGAGCUCGGUCAAGCCCGCCGAUCCAGCCGCGCCGUAUCCUGCGGGGCGCAGCUAUCAUUGCGUGGCCUCAGAUGGCAAAAGCAAACUCUUCGUUCACUCUGGGUGUCCAGAGACUGGACGACUAGCGGAUCUCUGGAUGUUCGACACCGAGGAGAGGACUUGGUCAGAAUUGCCAUCAGCGCCCGCGCCAUCUAGAGGUGGUGCCUCCAUCGCAUACGCCGACGGCAAACUAUAUCGAGUCAACGGUUUCGAUGGCAUCAAUGAACAGGGGGGCUCUCUGGAUGUUUUUGACAUUCCCUCACUUUCAUGGAACACCAUUUCCUACAAUCCAGACAACAUGGAAGGUCCAGAAGCCAGAAGCGUUGGAACCUUGCUACCAGUUAUGAUACAUGGCAAUGUCCACCUAAUCACAAUGUUCGGGGAGCGGGAUCCCAGUGCACUUGGGCAUGCAGGUGCCGGCAAAAUGUUGCCUGAUGCUUGGGCUUGGGACAUUAGGGAAAGAAAAUGGCAGAAGUUGAAAAUACCAGGUCAAAUCCCAGAGCCACGUGGUUGGUUCGACGCCGAUGUGGUCAGGGGCGGAGACAGAAAUGAGUCCAUCAUUGUGCAUGGGGGGCUGAACGAGAAUAAUGAAAGACUAGGUGAUAUUUGGAAGCUGGGUUUUGACUAG